AUGCCAGUGAACUUCAAGUUUGUAAUUGAAGGCAUGGAGGAAGCAGGGUCCUUGGGGCUAGAAAAGUUACUUGAAGAAAAGCAGUGCUUUUUCUCUGGUGUUGAUUAUAUUGUGAUUUCGGACAACCUCUGGCUCAGCAAUAAGAAGCCUGCCCUUACCUAUGGGAGUCGGGGGAAUGCCUGCUUCUCUGUAGAGGUUGAAUGCGGCAGCAAGGACCUUCACUCUGGAACUUUUGGAGGCAUCAUCCAUGAGCCACUGACAGACCUGAUAGCUCUGCUGGACAGCCUUGUGAAUCCCACUGGUCAUAUUCAGAUCCCUGGAAUCUACGACAGCGUUGCUGCCCUGACGGAGGAGGAGAGGAAAUUAUAUGAAUCGAUUGAAUUUGAUCUAGAGGAACAUAAAAAUAAUAGUGGUGUGAAAAAAUUCCUCUAUGGCACCAAGGAAGAAAUACUUCUACACCUGUGGCGUUACCCUUCUCUCUCUAUUCACGGGAUUGAAGGAGCUUUUCAUGAACCAGGAAUUAAAACAGUCAUUCCAGCAAAAGUAAUUGGCAAAUUCUCAAUCCGUCAGGUCCCCCACAUGGACCUUUCAGUUGUGAAACAACAGGUGGUGGAACACUUGGAGAGUGUCUUUUCCAAGAGGAACAGUCCAAACAAACUGAAAGUGUCUAUGCCUUUGAGUGCAAAGCCCUGGCUUGCUGAUGUUAACGAUCUCCUAUAUAAAGCAGCAAGAAGGGCAAUAAAAACAGUCUUUGGAGAAGAUCCAGAUUUUAUUCGGGAUGGUUCAACAAUUCCUGUUGCCAGAAUGUUUCAGACUAUAACACAGAAGAGUGUGAUGAUGCUUCCAAUUGGAGCUGCUGAUGAUGGGGAACACUCUCAGAAUGAGAAAAUAAGCAGACACAACUACAUUGAAGGAACCAAAUUGUUCGCAGCCUUUUUCCUGGAGAUAUCAAAGCUACAUCGGCACUUACAUGAAACUUCCCACACAGACACUAUCAACUGA